AUGGCGACGGCUUCUGUUAGAUUUUUGUCAAGGAACGAUCACAAGAAGCAAAAAGAAUUAGAGGAAGCUCGUAAAGCCGGUCUUGCUCCUGCCGAAGUAGAUGAAGAUGGAAACGAAAUCAAUCCUCACAUACCUAAGUUUAUGUCCGAUACUCCAUUUUAUUUGAAUCUCGGAAAAUCAGAAAAACCUAGUUUAGACCAUCAAAGGCUUAACAAGAAGAGUGAUCAUGCCAAGGACGCAGAGACAAAGUGGAGAUGCUACGACAGAGGUGCUAAGGUUCAUCAAGCUUCAAGUUUCCGAAAAGGGUCAUGUAAAAACUGUGGUGCUUUGACGCACGAUCAUAAAUCAUGCCCGGAAAGACCUCGCAAGGUCGGAGCCAAGUUCACAAACAAGAACAUCGCAGCGGACGAGAAAAUCGAGAGCUUCGAAAGCGACUACGACGGCAAAAGAGACCGAUGGAAUGGUUGCGAUACUUCGAAACACUCUAGAGUGAUGAGAGAGCGUUACGACGCUAUAGAGGAAGCUCGGACGAAGUAUCUCAAAGAGGAGAAGAUCAAGAAACUAGAAGGUAGUGAUGGAGCUGACCAAGAAGAAGAAGAAGAUGGUGAUGAUGAGUUACGUGUUGAUGAAGCUAAAGUUGAUGAGAGCAAGCAGAAGGGUUUCGGGAAAGUCGAGAAGCGUGUUCGAACAACUGGUGGUGGUAGCACAGGAAGUGUGAGGAAUCUUCGUAUCAGAGAAGACACGGCCAAGUACCUUUUGAAUCUUGAUCUCGACUCUGCUCACUACGAUCCCAAAACUCGAUCCAUGCGUCAAGAUCCGCUUCCAAACGCAGAUCCUAACGAGAAGUUUUACUCGGGAGAUAACCAUUACAGAAACAGUGGACAAGCUCAAGAGUUUAAACAGCUCAACGUCCACGCAUGGGAAGCGUUCGACAAGGGACAAGACAUGCACACGCAAGCCGCUCCGUCACAAGCUGCGUUGCUUUACGAGGGAUUUAGGGCUGCAAAGGAGAAGCUGAAAUCUCAGCAAAAGGAGGCAAUGACGGCGAAGUAUGGGAAUGCUUCUACGAAAGAUGAGAUUCCGAUGGAGCUUUUGCUUGGACAAAGCGAGAGACAAGUUGAGUAUGACCGAGCAGGGAGGGUUAUAAAGGGACAAGAAGUGAUAGUUUUGCCAAAGAGCAAGUACGAGGAAGAGGUUUAUGUUAACAACCAUACUAGUGUUUAUGGGUCAUGGUGGAAAGAUAGUCAAUGGGGAUACAAAUGUUGCCAGCAGACGAUUCGGAAUAGCUACUGCACAGGCUCUGCUGGGAUUGAAGCUGCGGAGGCUGUUCUUGAUCUGAUGAAGGCUAAUGUUGCUCGCAAAGAAGUGGCUUCUGAAGAGAGGGCAAAGAAGAAGGGUAAAGAGAAGAGAAUGGUUUCAUGGGGAAGUGAUGUUCCUGAAGAUAUGGAGUUGAAUGAGGAAGCACUUAGGAAUGCUCUUAAGAAAGAGGAUGAGCGUAAGAGAGAAGAGAAAGAUGAGAGGAAACGUAAGUAUAAUGUUAAAGACAGUAAUGAAGUUACUCCGGAGGAGAUGGAAGCUCACAGGAUGAAGAGAGUUCACCAUGAAGAUCCAAUGAAGAAUUUUCUCUGA